GAAAAGUAUAAUCUUUUGUGUUCUUCAAUGGAGAAAGUGAAUUUCAGAACUAAAGUUCUGAGCAGACACCUAAAACAAGAAACCCCAAUACUCAAUGUUAUACUCCAAUCAUUGCCAUGUCUCAGCUACAAUCUACCUGAGCUUUCAGAGCCAGCUUCUGUUUUUUACAUUAAAGAGAUGAGAAAGCUCAUGGAUGGUCACAAUUUGGAGGAAAGAGACUGGUUUUUUGGUCUGAUAUUACAGAGCAAAAUUUUUAACCCUGUAAAAAGAGGUGGAAAAGUGUUUCUUUCACCUGAUUAUAGUCAAUCUAAGGAACAGCAAAGGCAAAUUACCUUGAGGAGGAUUCAGUACCUUGUUGAACAUGGGUUUUCCAAGGAUUGGCCGACUAUUAAAGGGCCUGAAGAUGAGUUGAGGAAAUUGGCUCUCUUGGAUUGUCUUUUUAUCUAUGAUCAUUCUCUUUCCAUCAAGAUGGGUGUUCAUUUUCUCCUAUGGGGUGGUGCAAUCCAGUUUUUCGGUACCAAACGACAUCAUGAUAAAUGGUUGAAGGACACAGAGGAUUACGUGGUUAAAGGUUGCUUCUCGAUGACAGAGUUGGGGCAUGGAAGUAAUGUUCGAGGUAUUGAAACAGUAACAACGUAUGAUUCAAGCACAGGAGAGUUUGUCAUAAAUACUCCAUGUGAAUCAGCUCAGAAGUAUUGGAUUGGGGGUGCAGCUAAUCAUGCAACACAUACCAUAGUUUUCUCUCAGCUCAUCAUUGACGGGGGAAAUCAAGGUGUCCAUGCUUUUAUCGCUCAGAUCAGAGAUGAAAAUGGAGACAUUUGUCCAAACAUCCGCAUAGCUGAUUGUGGUCACAAGAUUGGCUUAAAUGGUGUUGACAAUGGCAGAAUUUGGUUUGACAAUGUCCGGGUACCCAGAGAAAAUUUGUUAAAUUCAGUGGCGGAUGUUUCUCCAGAUGGGAAAUAUCUUACUGCUAUCAAGGAUCCUGACCAGAGAUUUGCAGCAUUUUUGUCCCCUUUGACAUCUGGCCGUGUGACAAUUGCAUCUAGUGCAGUUUACUCCGCAAAGAUUGGUUUGGCAACUGCGAUAAGAUACUCGCUGACAAGAAGAGCGUUUUCAGUUACUCCUAAUGGACCAGAAGUUCUUAUACUUGAUUACCCAAGUCAUCAACGGCGACUUCUUCCUCACUGGCAGGUUAGCAAGGCACUUUUUGGGGAAUAUGUGGCAGUCAAAAGGAGUAAGAAGCCGUUCAAAGGAUUGGGAUUAGAACACAUGAACACCUCUCGUCCCGUCAUACCUUCACAACUUACAAGUUCUACAAUGAGGCAAGCCCAGUUCCGGAAUGACAUAUUCUGCCUACGGGAACGAGACCUGUUGGAACGUUUUGCUGCUGAAGUUUCGCAAUGCCAGGCACAGGGAAAAAGCAAGGAAUAUGCUUUUACUUUGAAUUAUCAGCUUGCUGAAGACCUGGGGAGAGCCUUCUCAGACCGAGCAGUUCUCCAUACUUUCCUCGAUGCAGAGGCAUCCGUCACAUCUGGCCCCCUUAAGAACGUUUUGGAUCUCGUCAGAUCGAUGUAUGUUCUGGUCACCCUAGAAGAGGAUGCUGCAUUCCUCCGAUACGGAUACCUGUUGAUGGACAAUGCUGCUAUAGUGAGAAAAGAAGUUGCAAAGCAAUGCAGUGAACUAAGGCCACAUGCACUUUCCUUGGUCAGUUCCUUUGGCUUACCUGACGCCUUCUUGAGCCCGAUAGCUUUCAAUUGGGUUGAGGCCAAUGCUUCGUCUUCUGAACAAAACUAGCUCGUCGUUUGUAGAUUACUAGUUACCACA